AUGUCAAAAGAUGGAGCUACUUCAAAGCUUCAAGAUUCAUCCACUGCGGCGCAUAAUGGCAAGUCCUCUCCAACUCCGCCUUGGUCUCAAGGGCGUGCGCUUCGACCUUCAGACAUCCUGGAGCUGCAGAACGAAACCCGCUCACACCUUGAGAGUCUGAAAGCCUCCAGUGUAGACCCUCGUCCCAACCUACGAAAUGAUCCGUGUGAGGCAAAAUCUGAACCAAACAAAAAAGACCACGCAAAGUACGUUAUCCCACAAAAGCGUGUCACGCAACUCAGAUCGCUCGAACCUGCAGCAAUCACAUCAGCGCAGCACCCUUCCGGUCUCUUGGAAGCUCCUUCCAAGUUCAAGUCAGGUAGAGAGAAAGUGGUUGGCGGUCUGUCUAAAGAAGAUGAGCUUCGAGCAAUCUGGACAAAAUUUGAUGAGGAAGAACAGAGACAGAGAUUCCGGCCGGCAGCGGAAGGGGGAGCUGGUAAUGUUUCUGGCAAUGAAGUACUUGGGGCCUGGGAGGAAGACCAUGCGCUGCAUGACCUGUAUUGA